ACGGGCCGGCCGCGCAGGCGGCGAUGAUGGGGCGGCCAUGGCCCGGGCGGGCAGCUCCGGCGGCGACGCGGCCGCGGGGGAGCGGGCCGGGGACGCGGGGCGGCCCGAGCCGUGGGAGCUGUCCCUGGAGGAGGUGCUGACGGCGUAUGAGCAGCCCAUCAACGAGGAGCAAGCCUGGGCCGUGUGCUUCCAGUGCUGCCGCGGGCUGCGGGGCGCGCCCGGCGGCCGGCGGCGCAUCCGGGACACCGCGGACAUCCUGCUGCGCAGGGACGGCUCGGUCAGCGCGCGGCGGGAGCCCGGCGCGGCGGAGCCCACAACCAUGGUGUCACCGGCCAGCUCGGAAGCCCAGGUGGUGCAGUCGCUGGGCUUUGCCAUCUACCGUGCGCUGGACUGGGGGCUGGACGAGCACGAGGAGCGGGAGCUCAGCCCACAGCUGGAGCGGCUCAUUGACCUCAUGGCCAACAGCGACUGUGACGACAGUGGCGGCGGGGCGGCCGACGAGGGCUAUGGGGGCCCGGAGGAGGAGGAGGAGGCCGAGGGCGGCCCCCGCGCCGUGCGCACCUUCGCACAGGCCAUGCGCCUGUGCGCUGCGCGCCUGACGGAGCCCCGGGGCGCCCAGGCCCACUACCAGGCCGUGUGCCGCGCGCUCUUCGUGGAGACGCUGGAGCUGCGGGCCUUCCUCGCCAGGGUCCGCGAGGCCAAGGAGAUGCUGCAGAAGCUUCGGGAAGAUGAGCCACAGGCAGAGAAGCCUCUGGUGGAGCUCGACAGCCUGGGGCGCACGGACUGGGCCCGGCUCUGGGUCCAGCUCAUGCGAGAGCUGCGCCACGGCGUCAAGCUGAAGAAGGUGCAGGAGCAGGAGUUCAACCCCCUCCCCACCGAGUUCCAGCUCACGCCCUUCGAGAUGCUGAUGCAGGACAUCCGCGCCAGGAACUACAAGCUGCGCAAGGUCAUGGUCGACGGGGACAUCCCUCCCAGGGUGAAGAAGGACGCCCACGAGCUCAUCCUGGACUUCAUCCGCUCCAGGCCGCCGCUGAAGCAGGUCUCCGAGAGAAGGCUCCGCCCCUUACCCCAGAAGCAGAGGACUCUGCACGAGAAGAUCCUGGAGGAGAUCAAGCAGGAACGCAGGCUGCGCCCCGUGGAGGGCAGGCACCGGGACGGCCGGGGCUUCGGCUCUCUGCCCUGCAUCCUCAACGCCUGCUCUGGGGAUGUCAAGUCCACCUCGUGCAUCAACCUCUCCGUCACGGAUGCCGGGAGCAGCGCCCAGCGCCCACGGCCCCGGGUUCUGCUCAAGGCGCCCACGUUGGCCGAGAUGGAGGAGAUGACCACGUCUGAGGAGGAAGAGUCUCCGUGUGGGGAGGUGACCCUGAAGCGAGACCGCUCUUUCUCCGAGCACGACCUGGUCCAGCUCCGGGGUGAAGUGACUUCUGGCCUGCAGCCAGCCACUCAGCACCCAGCGGGCUUGGAGCUGUCUCGGCCCCGCGCAGGCAGCAUGCACUCCUGGAGGCCAGGCGGCCAGGAGCCGGGUUCCUUCCCUGUCAGCGCCCAGACCCAGCCUGACGCCACCUCCCCGCCACGCAGUGACCUGAGCUCGGCCGAGGACAGGCCCAGCGCCUCCGCAGCCCCAGACACCACCCACCUGUGGCUGGAGUUCAGCCACCCCGCCGAGAGCCUGGCCCUGACGGUGGAGGAGGUGAUGGACGUGCGCCGCGUGCUGGUGAAGGCCGAGAUGGAGCAGUUCGUGCCGAACAGGGAGCUCCUGAGCAGCCUGAGGAAGGGGAAGGUGUGCUGCUGCUGCCGAACCAAGUUCCCGCUGUUCUCCUGGCCGCCGACCUGUCUCUUUUGCAAAAGAGCUGUCUGCAGUUCCUGCAGCAUAAAGAUGAAGAUGCCUUCUAAGAAGUUCGCACACAUCCCCGUCUACACCCUGGGCUUUGAGAGCCCGCAGAGGGCGUCAGCUGGCAGAGCCCCCCCACCCCUGCGAAGAGACGCCUUCCAGUCCCUGCAGGGGCCGCAGUGGCGGAGCGUGGAGGAGGAGUUCCCGCACAUCUACGCCCACGGCUGCGUCCUGAAGGAGGUCUGCAGCGACUGCACCAGCUUCGUGGCGGACGUGGUGCGCUCCAGCCGCAAGAGUGUGGACGCGCUCAACACGCCCCGCCGCGCCCGCCAGACCCAGUCCCUCUACGUCCCGAACACCUGGACGCUCGACCUCAAGUGAGGGUCUCCGGCCCCCGGGCCACCCGGCCAGAUGCUUCUCACGGUGCCCCCAGGUGGCCGUGCCGCCGGGGAGGGGCUGGGCCGGUCCUGGACCAGGCUGAGAAGUGCCUUUCCCGGGAAGACCCGCCGGGCGCCCUGCGGAGCGAGCAUGUACAUAUAUACAUAGAUUCAUCUGCGGGACUCCUGCACUCACAGCCUCUAUAUUUAUACUCAUGAUUCCUGGCCCGAGUUCAUUGGGGUCAGGCUCACUGCAGGACCCUCCCUGGGGGAGGACGUUUCCUCUCAGGAUUCCUUGGGUGGGGCGGGAGCGGGGUGGGGCAGGUGGGGUACAGCCUCGGCUCAGGGAAGGCCUCUUCUCCGUCCUCGGAUGAGAGCAGGGCAGAGUCCCGUCCCGGGUGAUGCUCGGCUGGGGUGGCUCCUUGGUCCCCUGAGCUUAGCAGGCCACGGGCUGCAGAGGCACUGGGAAGCCGCGGAGGGGCCGAGAUGCUCCUGUUGGGCGUGUCACCCUCCGACUGGCAGGUCGACAGCCAAGCUCGCUUGCUGCCCCGGCCUGGCAUCCACAGCCUGGCCAUCGGCCCCAUAGCUGGUGUCGCCGGCCUCACGGAGGUGGAGGAAGGUGCUGGCCUGAGAGCCCUGCCAAUGCUCUGUGGUCCCAGUAGGGGAAGCCGCUCUGUCAACUGUACAAACGGCCACUCGUGGCCUAAUAAAGGCGGUCUUGUGGUCUCCUGA